UUAAAUUUCUAUCACACCCUUCUAUGCUUUCAAGUCUUUUGCAUCAUUCACCUCUUUUAUCGUUAUUUCCAGAAGGCCCCAAAAUCCAGGGUUUUCAUCACACCCUGCACCUCCUCCUCUGGUAACUGGUCCUUGUGAUGGCGAGGACAAAGCUUAUCCUAAUCUGCCAGUCUGGUGGGGAAUUUGUUGUAAAGGAUGAUGGAUCCAUGUCAUAUACGGGAGGAGAUGCUCAGGCAGUAGAUAUCAAUCAUGAAACCCAAUUUGAUGAUCUCAAGUUAAAAUUGGCUGAGAUGUUGAAUUUGGAAUAUAAAUCAGUGAUCAUGAAGUAUUUUCUCCCUGGAAAUACACGAACUCUCAUCACUUUAUCCAAUGACAAGUCCCUGAAAAGGAUGUAUGAAUUCCAUGGGAAUUUAAUAACUGCUGAUGUUUUUGUCCAGGGAAAAGAAGGUUUUAAGGCUGAAGCCUUAAACACACCAAAAAGGGCAUGUGGGAUAAAAGUGGCUGAAUCUGUGACCCCUGUUGCAACCUUCACUACUUCAGCUGCCACUUUACACGCUAGUCCUCUAUCAAAACAACCUGCCUCUAACAUGUCUGUCGAAGAUUCCAUUCCAACCAGUAGCAUGUCUGCUACUGCUGAUGCAAAUCUGCACAGCUUGGACGUUUUUGAUAUGAACUGUACCCCUGCUGAUACUGUUAAGAAGCGAAGGCGCACUGCUGCCUGGAAAAUUGGUGCCAAUGGUCCUACCAUUGGUUCUGUCACUGACCAUAUUUGGGAGAAAAGAAAACGUAUGUCCAGGAAGAAGAAUAUUCCUAGCUGCAACAUUGCUACAGAAAUUGAUGACGUGGAUCAAAGGCAAGAUAUCCUUCAUGGUAAAGAUAGUAGUACUAGCAAUGACCUUAUCCAGGCUAAUCUAGUGGAAUCAAAUGAUGCUCCACCUGAACUUUUACUCAAAUUAUGGAAAGAUGCUAUCACUGGGAUUGGGCAGGAAUUCAACAGUGCUAAAGAAUUUCGUGAUGCGCUGCAAAAAUAUGCCAUUGCCCAUCGUUUCAUGUAUAAGUUAAAAAAGAACGAUACUAACCGUGCAAGUGGCAGAUGUAUAGCCGAAGACUGUUCUUGGAAAAUUUUUGCAUCUUGGGACACAUCUGUGAAAAAGUUUAGGAUAAAGAGUAUGACUGAAACACAUACAUGUGAAUCAGAGCUCUCAACAUAUUAUCAUCCGAAGAGAAGUUGGUUGGUUAGCAUUGUAAAGGAUAGAUUACUUGAGCGCCCACAUCUCAAGCCUAAAGAACUUGCCAAAAUCAUUCGUCAAGAUUUUGGGAUUGCUGUGAACUAUACUCAUGUUUGGCGUGCAGUUGAGGAUGCCAAGGAGAGACUUCUAGGUUCGUAUAAAGAGGCAUAUGACCAUUUACCGAGAUUUUGUGAGAAGAUGACAGAGGCAAAUCUUGGCAGUAGUAUUAAGCUUUUCACUGGUGAUGAGAGGAGAUUUCAGCACCUAUUUGUGUGCUUUCAUGCUUCAAUACAUGGUUUUCAGAAUGGUUGUCGCCCUAUUCUUUUUCUUGAUGCUGCAUCUCUAAAAUCAAGAUACCAUGAGACUUUUUUGGCAGCUACUGCUUUGGAUGGAGAUGAUGGUCUUUUCCCUGUUGCAUUUGCUAUAGUAGACACCAAGAAUGAUGAUAAGUGGCGGUGGUUUUUGGAGCAGUUAAGAUCUGUACUCGCAACCUCUCAAUCCUUAACUUUUGUCUCGGAUAGAGAGAAGGGACUAAAGAAAUCAGUGCUUGAAGUAUUUGAGAAUGCCCACCAUGGAUAUUCUAUGCACCACCUUCUGCAAAGCUUCAAGAGAAACUUGAAUGGUCCAUACCAUGGAGACGGGAAGGGUUCGUUGCCAAUCAAUUUUAUGGCUGCUGCCCAUGCAAUCCGACUUGAUGGGUUUAAAGCAAGUAUUGAUCAAAUUAGACGAGUUUCUGCCCGAGCUUAUGCCUGGGUCCAGCAAAUUGAACCAGAAAGUUGGACAAAUGCAUUAUUUAAAGGUGAGCAUUAUAACCAUUUUACAUCCGAUGUUGCAGAGACAUACAUCAAGUGGAUAGAGGAAGUGCAGGAGUUACCCAUUGUGUCAAAGAUUGAAGCGCUAUGUUCUAAGUUGAUGGAGCUGAUAAAUACUCGCCGAACAGAUUCAAGUAAGUGGCCCACAAAACUUACUCCAUCCAAGGAGGAAAAACUGCAACGAGAAGCUCGUUGCGCAUAUGGUCUUAAAGUCUUGUUUUCAUCCGAUACACUCUUUGAGGUUCACAAGGAUUUGAUCAACGUUGUGGAUAUUAGUAAAUGGGACUGUAGUUGUCUGGAUUGGAAAUCAACUGGUCUACCGUGCUGCCAUGCUAUUGCUGUCUUCAACUGCACUGGAAGGGAUGUGUAUGAUUAUUGUUCGAGAUACUAUAGAGCUGACAAGUAUCGUUUGAUGUAUUCUGAGUCCAUAAACCCUGCAUUGGCCCCUUUCGAGGCUUUAGAUGGUGAGAAAACUGACGUAGAGGCAGCGCAUGUGCUUCCUCCAUUAAUCUCCAAGCAACAAGAAAAGAAAAGCCAGGCCAAGAGAAAGAGUGUGUCGGCAAGGACAGUUUUUUGCUCUAGGUGCAAGGAUUCAGGGCAUAAUAAAAAAACCUGCAAGGAACCCAUAGACGAUCCUUUUUCAAGUAUGGACCUCAUAGAUGCUCCUAUAUCAAGCAUGGACACCGUAGAUGCUCCUUCAUCUAGUAUUGUCCCCGUAGAUGCCCUUUCAUCAAGCGUCGUCCCUGUAGAUUCCCCUCCAUCAAGUAUUGACCCCGUAGAUGUCCCCCCAUCAAGUAUCGUCCGCACAGCUGCUCCUUUAUCAAGUAUCGUCCCUGUAGAUUCUGCUCCGUCAAGUAUUGACCAUGUAGAUGCUCCUUCAUCAAGUAUCAUCCCUGUAGAUUCUGCUCCGUCAAGCAUCGACCAUGUAGAUGCUCCUUCAUCAAGUAUAGUUCCCGUAGAUCCUCCAUCAAGUAUCUCUUGAUGUAAUCCUUGAAUCAUAUUAUCUUAGAUGCUUGUCUGUACCGAAUUCAUGUACAGUGGUAAUCGACAUUUUCUGAAACGGUCUAUUUGACCUAGGUUUGUGAUGAGAUUGAGUUAGUGUAGAGUUUUAAAUUUGUAGUUUUCGCGUUUGAAUUGUCCUGUUCCUGAAAUGUGUACUGGCAAUUUGCUACAACGAAAGUCUUAGGAAUCUUGCUGUUCCAGCAAAACCA